CUGUCGUCCAGGAGAUCACGAAGACCUCCUCAACUCCACGAAAACCUUUGCCACGACGCUCGUAAUAUAUUUACAGGAGGCACCCCUUCGAGCCCGCUCUUGCAUCAACCCUAUCCUAGUGUCUACUCAUCCCUGGUGUAACCACCCAAGGAAGAGGUUGGAAAACUAGUGCGCUGCCAUGCUUGCCCAACAAAGAUCACUAUGCGGUGGCUCGAAGGUCCCAGCGUCAACCCUGUUGCCGCUGGCAAGGGCUGCUCGCCCAUGCGUUCCGGCCAUGGGCUCGAGCCCCAGCCCGCAAGUUUGCCCCAAGCUUAAUCAAGAUGUUCGACGACAGCUGCUUACUCCGUUACGAUCUUCACUUACUACUGAACAUGUGACAUCGCCAGGCAACGGCGUUGCGCAGCCAUCGCUGCACUCUUUCGGAAAACUAAACGUCGAGGACGCAUAUGACUUGGAGCGUAAUGAUUGGAACACGACGUCUCUGAGCGUCGUGGUCCUGGGCGCGUCAGGCGACCUGGCCAAAAAGAAGAUUUUCCCAGCCCUGUUCGCGUUGUUCUAUGAGGGGCUCCUACCACCGGAGUUCCAUGUGUUUGGUUUCGCUCGCAGCCGCAUGACGGACGCUGAGUUCCGGGAGCUCAUCGCAUCCACCCUCACGUGCAGGGUGUCGGCAAGGGAGCGGUGCGUGGAGAAGCAGGACGACUUCCUGCGCCGCUGCUUCUACAGCCCGGGUCAGUACGACGAGGCCGAAUCCUUCCAGGAUCUGAACCGCCGCAUGGGCGAGGUUGAGGCGGGGUGCGGCAAGCAGCGCUCCAACCGCAUGUUCUUCCUCUCCAUCCCGCCCAACGUGUUCAUCCCGGCGGCGGGAGGCGCGGCGGACUACUGCUCCACCAGGACGGGCUGGACUCGUGUGAUCGUUGAGAAGCCGUUUGGGCGCGACAGCGCCAGCAGCGCCGCCCUGAGUCGGGGUCUGGCGGCGCACCUGCGGGAGGACCAGAUCUACCGCAUCGACCACUACCUGGGCAAGGAGCUCAUCGAGAACCUCACGGUGCUGCGGUUCAGCAACCUGGUGUUCGAGCCGCUCUGGUCGCGGCAGUACAUCCGGAAUGUGCAGAUUGUGUUCAGCGAGAACUUCGGCACGGAGGGUCGCGGCGGCUACUUUGACCAGUACGGCAUCAUCCGUGACGUCAUCCAGAACCACCUGCUGCAGAUCCUGGCGCUGUUCGCCAUGGAGCCGCCGGUGAGCCUGGCCGCCGAGGACAUCCGCAACGAGAAGGUCAAGGUGCUGCGCAGCAUGCGGGCGGUGCAGCUGGACGACACGGUGCUGGGGCAGUACCGCUCGCGGGUGCACAGCGGCCGCACGCUGCCGGGAUACCGGGACGACAAGACGGUGCCGGAGGGCAGCCUGACGCCCACCUUUGCGGCGUGCGCGCUGUUCAUCAACAACGCGCGCUGGGACGGAGUGCCCUUCCUGCUGAAGGCCGGCAAGGCGCUGCACACGAGGAGGGCGGAGAUCAGGGUGCAGUUCAGGCACGUCCCCGGCAACCUGUACAAGCACAAGUUCGGCCCCGACCUGGACUCCGCCUCCAACGAGCUGGUCAUCCGCAUCCAGCCCAAGGAGGCCAUCUACCUCAAGGUCAACAACAAGGUCCCCGGCCUGGGUCUGCAGCUGGACACGACCCGGCUGGACCUGCAGUACCAGAGCGCCUUCCAGCAGUCGGAGCUGCCGGACGCGUAUGAGCGGCUGCUGCUGGAUGUGGUGAAUGGUGACAAGCGGCUGUUCAUCCGCUACGACGAGUUGGAGGCGGCCUGGGACCUCUUCACGCCGCUGCUGCACGAGAUCGAGAGCAGAAAGCUCAUCCCCGAGCUGUACCCGUACGGCAGCCGGGGGCCGGUGGGCGCCCACUACCUGGCCGCCAAGUACGGGGUGCGCUGGGGCGACAUCGCGAAUGAGGAGCCGGAGGACGUGUGAGGGGGGUCAGGAUAGACCAAACCAUAGGAAGCCACGAGGACGUGUGAGGGGGUGUGAGGGGCGGGUUGGGGGGCGCGAGUGGGAGGGCGGGUGAAGAUGUGGAGAGGCGGGGGCGUUUUGAGGGUUUGAAAGCCAGGGGCUGCUGCUUCUGUGGCUGUGGCUGCUGCUGUGGCAUUGCUGACGGAUGUAUAGCGGUGGCAUACGGGUCGGAAUGGGGAAUGUUGGGAAAGGACGGUUAGGUAGGGACGUCCUGUGCGGGAGGUUAUUUAUGUUGGGGGGAGGCCUUGGCAGUAGGGCAGCGCGCUGGGUUGCAUGCUUGGUGCGUAGCUCAUGAUGACGAUCGGACGUGGUUAGCGACUCCGCGGUUGGGGAUGUGGGCGAUGGCGGCAGGGGAGCUAGGCGGCGCAGGGGGACGGAGAGGCUGUGGAGAGAAGCGUACAGCUGGGGUCCAUUGCGGAGUAGGAGGGGGUUCUGGUGCGGCGGCGGGAGCGCUGAGUGAGCUGCUGGGCGACGAAGGCGCAGAGGGUUGGGGAGGGGGUGCAGUCGCUUUUGGCUGUGCUGGGCUGUCCUUUCCCGCACUUGCGUGAUGGUGUGGGCGGGUGUGUGGGCGUGUCCCCCGUGACUAGCCGAUGCUAUCUAAUGCUGUGUGCCGGCGGGCGGGCACUGCAGGAGGGAGGGAGGCCCCGAUUGAGGCCACCGCCACCGCCUGCGGUUCUAUGAAAUGUGCCGGGCAGUCGUAUCCAUUCCUAGUAUAUUGCUUACCAGUACUACUACUUCCUAAGCUUGUACGGUCAGGAUGCUUAUAAUGGGUUAUUACCCGGGCAGGCUUAAACGCGUUGUGCGUCAGAACUGUCUGCGUCAACAUGGGUCAAGCGGGUAGCAGCCUGCGUGUGUUUUGUAUGUUACCCCGUUGCCGUUCGCUCGGUCGGGUUACCUCGGCGAUUGAGGGCCGGGGGCACCGGGACCGCAGGUGUGUAUUCAUUCUUUGCAAGAUUGCAAACUCAGUUAAACGGUACACGUUGUAUGCUCCUUUUUGGGAAAAGCGGGUUUAGCUGCAACAACCCUUUUGCUUGGACAUGACGACAGGGACGUCACUCCUGGUGCUUUCUUUCUUUAGCCGUCGUACAUUAUAUAUGGCUUCAGUCAAAUAACUCGACGCAUAUAUGCAUUUCCGGCGAACCCUAAUGUGGGGACGGGCCCUGAGCCUCUCCUCUUUCAGUGCAAUAUGUUUUGCCGUACGGCAAUUCCCGUUCCUUGAU